UCUCUACAGUCAGAGUGCUCCAAAGUGGAAAGAUAAAAAGGAAGCAUGAUGCAAAAACUAUUUAACUGAAAGACUGCUUUACUGGUUUCAGUAGAUAGAAAAGGAAGUGCUAGGAGAGGCAAUUUACCUGAAAAUUAGCUUGAAUCAAGCAGCUUCAAGAAAUAAGAACCUGAAGGAAAUCUCUGAUGCAAUGUAUUUCAAAUAGACUGAUCCUACCCAUAAGGUUUUGUAAAAGGACUGCAUCUAGUAGUCUCAUCUAAACUAAACAGUAUUUAACAGAGAAGACUGAUAUUUGUCACAGCAGAAAAUGGAUAAUUUUUCCUCCCAGCCCAACUUCAAUGCUUCCUGUACUGAUGUGGAUUUUGGUUGCUACGGGUCAGGACAACAUGGGCACAACAUGACAGCUCCACAGCUGAUUCCUAAGUUCUACAUUGCCGUUCCCAUCAUCUACUCUGUGAUCUGUGCUGUCGGGCUCACGGGGAACUCUGCAGUCAUUUAUGUCAUCCUAAAAGCUCCCAAAAUGAAGACCGUCACCAACAUUUUCAUCCUGAACCUGGCCAUUGCUGAUGAGCUCUUCACGUUGGUACUUCCUAUCAACAUAGCAGACUACCUGCUGCUUCAGUGGCCCUUUGGCGAAUUCAUGUGCAAGCUGAUCAUCUCCAUCGACCAGUACAACACUUUUUCAAGCAUUUAUUUUCUAACGGUCAUGAGCAUCGAUCGAUACCUGGUGGUGGUUGCCACCAUCAAAUCAAAGAAAAUGUGCUAUCGCACCUACAGGGCUGCCAAGACAGUGAGUCUCUGUGUCUGGGUUUUUGUCACCAUCAUCAUAUUGCCAUUCAGUAUCUUUGCCAAGAUACACACUGAAGAGGGACGAUCCCAGUGUGUCUUUGUCUUUCCCAGCCCAGAGGGCUUCUGGUGGAAAGUGAGCCGCCUCUACACCCUUAUCUUGGGUUUUGCCAUCCCGGUGUCCACCAUCUGCAUCCUGUACAGCACCAUGCUCUUCAAGCUGAGGCGUAUGCGGCUCCACAGCAAUGCUAAAGCUUUGGACAAAGCGAAAAAGAAAGUGACAAUAAUGGUGCUGAUCAUAUUGGGCGUUUGCCUGUUCUGUUGGACCCCUUAUCACCUGAGCACUGUGGUCGCCCUCACCACAGACAUCCCACAAACCCCUCUGAUAAUUGGAAUCUCCUAUUUCAUCACCACCCUGAGCUAUGCUAACAGUUGCCUCAACCCGUUCCUUUAUGCCUUUUUAGAUGAUACUUUCCGGAAGAGUUUCCGAAAGUUGGUUGAAUGUGGAACUCCCUCAUAAGAUACCGGAUCUUUU